AUGCUUUGCCGGAAUCACUUGGGCGCAGUUCAGGGAACUGAAACUUCUGCUGGCAUGAUUCUCAAUGUAUUGAGUGGUCGACCGAAACCAGAAGAAGGAUUUGCUGAAUACGGCAGCCGGAUUGUCACGAUGCUUAUGCCUAAAUGGAAAGCCAAGGAGUUAGAAGAAAUAGCUGUGUCUGUAACUUUGGCUCACAUGGCGCAAGUUGACACUGCAGGCACACUCUUUCAUGCAACUGACUCGGAUCGUAAAAAGUUCAAAUCUCCAUCCCUGGUGAAAUGCAAUUACUGUGGAAAGGUUGGGCAUAGAUAUGCCGAGUGUCGGGCACGUUUGCAGAAGGGCCAGAGUAAUGGCAAAACCUACAACAGCACAAAUACGACGGGUGUGAAGGAUCGAUCUGGUGUCAAAUGCUUCAAAUGUGACGAAAUUGGGCACUUUGCAACCGCAUGUCCUAAAGGCCGAUCAGGUGGAAAUGAAAGAAUUUCUGAAAAGCGUGUGGAUAUCUGCGCAGUAGCUCCACCCUCUGGAACAAUAAAGGCAUCCGGUGAGUCUAUUCCAUUUUGUUUUGAUUCUGGUGCAGAAUGCUCGCUAGUUAAGGAAAGUGUAGUCCAUAAGUUUAAAGGCAAAAGAGUUAAUAAUGUUGCGAAACUCAAUGGCAUAAGUAACGAUGCAAUUCAUAGUACUCAACAAGUUUUAUGUAAUAUAAAUAUUGAUCAAUAUUGCUUUGAGAUUUUGUUACACGUAAUUUUAGACAAGUAUUUGAAAUACGAUGUGUUAGUUGGUCGAGAGAUUCUUAGCCAAGGCUUUGGCGUAAUGAUAGACGCUGAUAAAUUUCAGAUUUAUAAAACGAAAAUGAUAGAUAUGGUGACUUUAACUGAUUAUGAGGAUAUUAUAAGUUCUGAUACAGAUUUAGUUGAUUCCGAUAAAAUUGUCUUAACAAAUAUCUUAAAAUGCUACUCUGACUGGUUUAUUAGCGGAAUACCAAAAACUCGAGUCUCGUCAGGGCUGUUGUAAAUUAAGUUAAUAGAUCCACAAAAGACAGUGCAACGACGUCCCUAUAGGCUAGGCGAGGAAGAAAAAAACCUGGUGCGUUGUAAAAUCGAUGAGUUGUUAAAAGCAAAUAUUAUCCGUCCAAGUUGCUCACCUUUCGCCAGUC